AGUGUAACAUUGAAAUUCGAUAAGCACUUUAUUUAAAUCAACUGGAAGAUAGUUUGUGAAUACAGUAGCUAUUCAAGAUUAGCGCGAGUAAUUAUAAUAGAGAAGUGAAUAAAUUAACGGUUUGAUUCGAACUAGAUUUGUCUAACAAUUUGUCUUUGAUUCGAGGUAUGGAUCGUAAACCAAGCAAUGGGACUAAAGCAGGUUGUAUAAAAGUACGAUGGAUGAUCUGUAUCAUCACCCUGAUGAUGAUCUUCAGCCUUGUAGCAACGAAAGUAUGCUUAAGCUUGGCUAUCGUCGCAAUGACUGACCCUGAUUAUGACGAACUAACACCAGAAGAAGCUGCGUUAAUACCAUCAGCAAUUAAUUUAACAGUGACAGAUGAAAAGACUAAUGAAACAAAAGUCAUUAUAGUUGAACAGCGGAAUAAAAACUACAUUAACUGGACUCAAUCAACAAAUGAUAAACUAUUGACGGCCAACUUUCUUGGAGCUGUCUUGUCACCCAUUCCAGCUGGACGUAUCAGUGAAAAGUUUGGACCUCGAAGGUUGGCCUUUUUCUUGGCUACUCUGGCUGGUGUUUCCAUGUUAGUGUUUCCUGCUGCUUGCAAGUGGUCAUUCCCUGUUGCUUUUAUACUCAGAUUGGUACAAGGUUUUUGUACAGGUUGUAGUAUGCCUUGUGCUCAUGUUUUGGUCUCACGUUGGGCACCUAAAUAUGAAAAGACUUUGUUUGCUUCGAUCAUGAAUUCGGGUGGAUUAUUGGGUGCUUUGACUACUAGUCCACUGGUGGGUGCACUUUCUGGUUCCACUUUUCUUGGUGGUUGGCCUUCUGUAUUUUAUCUCAUUGGUACUUUGCAAUUGAUUAUUGCCGUUAUUUGGCUUUUUACGGUCUAUGAUGAUCCUGAAUCUCAUCCACGCAUAUCUGACGAAGAAAAACAAGAAAUUCUUGAAAAUCGAUUGACAAAUGCUGGAGACUCAAAUAUUUCAAUGCCAUGGCGACAUGUUUUAUCAUCAGCCCCUAUCUGGGCUCUAAUUAUAUCCAACUUUGCCUGGGGUUGGCUCGAAUCAAUCAUAAGUGGUCAAGUCCCAAGUUUUCUGGAUUCAGUUCUUGAUUUACCAAUAGAACAGAAUGGGUUAUUCGCUGCAUUACCAUACUUGGCGUCAAUAUUUUCAUCCAACAUAAUUAGUUGGAUUUCAGAUAAACUACGAUCCAAUGGCAAAUACUCGACCUCAGCUAUGCGUAAAUUUUUCGCAGAUAUCGGAUUUAUUGGUUCAGCGAUGUGUUUGGUUGCUGCCACUUAUGUUGGUAAACGGACUGCGUUGAUUGUAACGUUUAUUGUUGCCUGCAAAGCUUUCAGUGUUGCUCAAGUAGCUGGUUGUUAUGUUAUGCAUUUGGACAUUUCCCCGACUUAUGCUGGUUCGAUUGUAGGUAUCAUGGAGACAUCACAAAACAUUGCUUCUGUAGCAAUGAAUCAAGCUGCAGCCAUGAUUGUCGGUGAUGAACCAACACUCGAAUCAUGGUCAAACUUUUUCCUGAUCACUGCCGGUCUUAGCAUAUUUGGUACACAUUACUUUGCUUUAUUGGGUUCAUCUAAACUUCAAAAGUGGGAUCCAAGCUUUAAAUCUGUUGAACAAGCCAUUGAAGAUGAUUUGAAUGGUGAUGAGGUGACUCAAACAAUCUACGAUCCUGAUAUUAUUGUGAGAGACUCUCGACGAAACACAAUUGUCUCUGAAUUUCCACCUCAUCUUUCAUGAGUACAAUCAAAUUCAAUGAAACUUAGUAUCAAAGCUUUCUAAUUUUUCGUUAUACAAAACAACAAACAUAUUGAUUUUUAUUUAUUGUUACAAUAUUGAUUAGUUAUUUAAUAAAUAUUACAAGUGCAUUAUGAAAA